CCUACAACUUAAACAUUUGUAAUUUGAGAAAAGUUAUGCAUCGGCAUGAUAAUUGGAACAGUACUCAGAAAAAGCCAGUCUCCCGUGUAGGCUCUCGCCCCUUCCAGUUCCCUUCCAGGAAUGGAUACACUCUGAAAGAAGUAACAAAUAUGGCAGCACUAUGGUGGCUUUGGCGUAUACCUCUGACUGUGGUGGUGGCGCUGGCGUUCAUGGCUCCUGGAGUGCCCACACAUCCUGCCGGAGGGAAAAAAAUGCUAGCCAUAAAGGUCAACCGGCUGACGAAGCAGGCCAAGAAAGAUGGGAUACUAAGAAUGAGCAACACCAUGUUUUACUAUUUUGUAUUGGAAGCACCAAGAAAUUACUCUGUGGUUGUGCUGUUCACUGUUCUCGACCAGUUUAGAACAUGCACAAUGUGUGCCCCAGCUGCUAAGGAAUUCCAGAUCUUGGUAAAUUCCUGGCGACACCCCAGUGCCUUCACCAACAGAGUGUUUUUUGCAUUAGUGGAUUAUGAUGAGAGCCCUGAGAUCUUCCAAAUGUUCCAACUGAGAACGGUGCCGAAACUCUUCCACUUUUCUGCUGAAAGGACAUUUGCUCCAGACGACAUCAGUCAUGUGAGUGAAAUGGGCAUCACAGCCGAGCAAAUGGCUGAAUGGGUGGCCAAGAAAACGAAGGUCAGCAUCAACGUCAGGCGGCCCCCACGCUAUGGUCGCCUCGCAGUGGGGGUCCUCGUGAGCCUCCUGGGUGGAUCUGCACUUCUAUGGAGCUGGAGCAGGAAGCUUGUUCACAGCAGAGUGUUGUGGGCAGUGUUAGCUCUGAGUUUUGUGAUUGUGAUGACGUCUGGCCAAAUGUGGACGCGCAUAAAAGGAGCCUCAUACGGCGAAAGGAAUUACCACACGGGGCGUAUACAUUACAUCGCCAGGAUGAACUCCUUGCAGUUCAUCCCAGAGACGUACAUCAUUUCUCUGUUUCAUGCGUGCAUCACCCUGGGAGUGGUGCUUCUGGAUAAAGCUGCCACGUGCAGGAUGGGCGCCAUCAAGACGACGAUGCUGUGUGUGACUGGCAUGUGUCUGGUUGUAAUAUUCCUUGGCUGGCUGCUCUCCGUCUUUAAAUUUAAACAACCUCGCUACCCCUACGGCUUUUCCCUGGGUUAAAAAGUCCCAAGGAUCACAGAGACAAUGGAGCAAGGCAUUUGCAAACAUGUAAAACAGACAGAUGUUUCAAGUGUCUGCAAUUUGAUUAAAGGGGACACGACAUGUCUUGACAAUAAUAAAUCAUUUGCUGUCAAAA